AUGAUAGGAGAUUUUAAAGAUGAUCUUACUGUCAACCUUAAGUUGUUGACUAGAGUCGAUGCCACGAUCCAUCCAAUUCGGCAUCCUGCAAUAACUCUCAUCUGUUGCGUGAUUGAUCCUGAGGUGUCUCAUAUUCUUAAGGUCUUGAAUCUUAAGAGGAAGAACCUGGUGAGGCUUCCGUGUUUAAAGCCACAGGUUUCCAAGAUCAGCUUCAUUAAAGAUAAAAGUGGUAUCAUCAAACCGGGAAGGAGGUGGGAAGACAGGACAUUUUUGAAAGCACUUUCAGCAAUCCCUUCAGCGGUAAUGCAGUCAGAUGGUUACAAACAGUUGGAAGAGAGCUGGCCCUCGCUGUUGUCUGAGUUGCUGGAAACAAUAGCAUUGGUUGAUGAUAAGCCAAACUCAAUCUCCGGUAAGAAAAGAAGUGGUAGCAGUAUAUUCGGGCUAGACUUGGCAGGUGAUGGUGGUGCCGCAGAGUCGGUGAAUCCCCACAUCAGGCGUGUUCGGAGGCGGAAAUUCUUAGCUUCAGAAUGCACACAGGUGAAGGUUUAUCUAGUGCUGGUAAUCCCUUCAUCACUGGAAACAAAAGUGAAGGUGGUGGAUGAUGCAUCAAUCAUGCCUUCACAACUCAAAGACGAGAAGAUCUGCCUACUUAAUAUCAUGCAAGAUGUUAAAGAAGAAACCGAUUAUUAA